GAAUCGCAUGAAGUGUUUGAUAAUUCGAUAUUUCAGCUACCAAACGAUGGACCAAGAACGGUUAACACAGCUGCCAAUGUCCCGCAUCAAGACGGUCAUGAAGACAUCGCCGGACAUGGGAAACAUCAACCAGGAGGCCCUGUUUUUGAUGUGCCGUGCUGCGGAGAUGUUUAUCGAACACCUGGCCCACCGUGCACACAACCCGGAACGCAAGACACUGGACUAUUCGGAUCUAGCGAAAUAUGUGGAGAAAGAGGACGCGCUGGAAUUUCUGCAGAUCGUUUUACCGCAAAAAAUUACCGUCAGGGAGUACAAAGAGCUGAUGGCCCAGAAGGCGGCGGAAGCCGAAAUGGGCAGUGAGGAAGACGAUUCCGACGAAGGAUCGGAGGUCCCGUCGGAGGCGCCAUCGGGCGCUGGGGAGGAGGACAACGGCGCUGACGAAGUGAUCGAACUCGACGAUGACGAUUUAGUGGAGGUUCAACAGAAAAGUAACCCAGAGAUCGACAGCCUAGACUCGGCGUCGUCCAGCGGUGACAGCGGCAGUGUCAUCUCGAUCGAUUCCAGCUCGGACGAAAAGGAAAACUCCAAAAACGACAGCAAUAAGAAGUCACCGGUGAAACACAAAACAGGCGACUCGCCGUAACACACGGACCUGGGCCUGGGCCGGCCGCCACAGCUAGGCUGGUGCUUGCGCAAGGCAACCUUAGUGUAUGUGGUUCAGGAGGACAUUUUAAAUCGAUUUAAUUUCUAAGCAAGUCCCCUCUCCCCUUUCAAACAAUAUCUCGUAUUAGGCAAUAGCGUUUGUUUUUAAGCCAGUCGUUUCGUUUGGUACUACGGAAGUGGAUGGAUACUGCAUACCCUGGGCUGAACUGAAACUCCGUACGACCACCGAUUAGUAGUCAGUUAGUUUAGUGGUUUUUGUUUUGUCUGUAAAUAAGCCCUACGCGGUGUAUUUAUCUAGGGUUUCAGUGAUGCAUUCACUCUCGAUGGUGGGCGAAACAAAGUAAA